AUGUCGUUCAACGAUCGUUACUUCUGGGGGCCGCUUAUCAAUGCCGACAAGAGCCCGGCUCCGUUGCUGGAGCAGCUCUGUCUGGGCAUUGCAGAGUUGAUGAUCAGCUUCCACGAUUGCGGAACCACCGAUCUCACUCCAGAGCGACUCGCAGCCUUCUACCAUAAAGUCGGCGGCAAUUAUGAUCCCUUGUUUCUCGAAACGAAGCCAUCUGCCCUCUCGUUUAUAUACCAGUCGCUAGGCUGCUUUCACAGCCUUCAGCCAUCUACUAAUGCCUUCGAACCCCCGUCCCUUCCGGCCCUGCUGCCGAGUGGCUUUGUGCGAUGGCAAACAAUCCAGAUCCUGUUAGACCCGAAUGAACACGUGCGUUUCCUGCAAAAUGCUGUCAGGAUGUGGGAUAUUCGCAACCCGUUCGGGGGGUACUUUCCCAAGUCCCUCCCUAGGGAUUCUUUUCCCCCGGGACCAGAUAUAGAAAUGAUUCAAUGGCAUGAGCAGGUCAGCCGGCGACUGGAGUAUGAUUACCUGAAAAGAAGCGUGCCACGAUCGCCGCCGCCGCCAAUCUCUGAGCAAUAUCAACAUCAGGAGGAGAGAGCACUUGUUCGAACCAAACAUCGGACCGUCCCGCAGUAUCGGUACGUUGAGGCAAAUGAUACACCACCCCGUGUGCCAAAUGGAAAACGCAGCAGCGCAGAGCAUCCACCGCCGCCCUCGCACAAGAUGCCACCGAGGUUAUCGCCGCCACCAGAGAUCAAACCACGAGCCCCGUCGCCGCCGGUCUGGCCAGAACAACCGGCUAAAAGCAGACGCCGGCAGCGCGCAUCAAGCAUUCCCGAAUCAGUUGUUCCGGAAGCAAUGCCAGGAUAUUACCCCUCUGAUGUAUCUUCUGAACCUCAAUCGCCAGCACCAGAACCAUCACCUCGGUACCAUCGUCGGUAUUUGUCCCCUCAUCGAGGAUCCCGUGCGCGUCGACACUCACAUGAUGCGUAUUCAAGAAGGCCCCCUCGAGACAUCUCCCCAGACUACCCUAAACACUAUGCGCCUCACCAUAGUAACAGACAUUCAGGCGGAUGGCGUGACGCAAACGUACCCCCAAGGGUCCAUUGGGCAUACAAGGAGGAAAUACCCCCACCCAAACACUCAGGGGUCAGGUUUCGCGAAUACGCUUCUGAAGAGCCAGUAACGGUUCCCUCCAGUCCUGAAUCACCCGUAUUCGUUCCCGUCCAUCCGCGAUAUGCAAACCCUGGCUACAUGCCACCUCACGCCCCAGAUCCGAAUAUCGAAGAUCCAAGACGACGUUACAGUGGUGGCAGUCUUCCAGAACGUCCUCGAUUUGCGGGCCCGGGAGUCAGCCCCUGGCCACCGCAAGCUCCUGUGCGGAUGUAUUCUGCUCAAGGACCACCUACAGCAUAUGAAGGACCACCUACGGCAUAUGUCCCGGCACCAAUGCCGGAUAUGGAAUAUGUGGCUCCGAGAAGGGUGUAUAGGUGA